AUGGAACACCAUAAUAUUACCCCGCAAAGUGACCUGGAGGGUAUUCUGUUUGAUGAAAGCGCAGAACCAAAGGCUCUACCAUUAUCACUUCUGGAGCACAUCACCAGCGGUUUCUCUCGUGGUGAAGAAAUUGGCAAUGGUGGUUUUGCAACGGUUUAUAAGGGAAUGCUUGACAAUGGCAUGGUUGCUGUGAAGAAGCUUUUUGGAACGGUUGAUCUUGAUGAGAAGAAAUUCAGUGAAGAGAUACGUUGUCUGAUGAAGGCAAAGCACAAAAAUAUUGUGCGGUUCCUAGGAUAUUGCGCUGACACACAAGGAGAAAUGGUAGAUUGCGGGGGAAAGCUUGUCUUGGCAGAUGUACGACAAAGGUUGCUCUGCUUUGAAUAUCUACCUAAAGGGAGUCUUGAUAAGCAUAUCACUGAUGCAUCUUGUGGACUUGAAUGGAGAGAGCGAUAUCAAAUUAUCAAUGGAAUUUGUGACGGUUUGUAUUAUCUUCACCAAAAGCACAUCGUUCACUUGGAUCUUAAACCCGGAAAUAUAUUAUUAGAUAAUAAUAUGAUCCCGAAAAUUUCUGAUUUUGGUCUUUCGAGAUGCUUCGAUGAAAAUCAAACUCGUACUAUUGCUUCGAAGGUGAUUGGAACUAUGGGAUAUUUGGCACCAGAAUUCUGUAGUGUCAGACAGAUCACAGUCAAGUCGGACAUAUAUAGUCUUGGUACGAUAAUCAUAGAGAUAAUAACAGGAGAGAAAGGAUAUGCUGAUGUUGCCAAUGUAAUUGAGAGGUGGAGCAAUAGGUUGGAGAAAUCACAGCCAGACACACAACUGGAGCAAGUACGAGUAUGCACUGAAAUAGCGAUAGAGUGCAGUGACUUUAACCCGGCAAGAAGACCAGAUACGAAUAAUAUAAUUAAUAGGCUUCGUGCAACAAAAAAUGCAGAUGAGUUUGCUACUGAACUGAAGAUUGCAGAUAUGCUUCCUGAUAGGGAAACAUCGUCAGAUGUGGAACAAACAUUAAUCAUCGGAUGGACUGAGGAAAAACAGAAAAUAUUGUCUAUUUUAUCCGAGAGCAUCACAGAAGAAAUGGUUAUCCUUCCUAUAUAUGGCAUUGGAGGCAUUGGCAAGACAACCUUGGCACAACUGGUAUUCAAUGACCCACAGUUCCAAGACUACACUCGGGUGUGGGUAUAUGUUUCCCAGGAACUCAACUUGAGCCAGAUUGGCAACUCCAUAAUAACACAGUUAACUGACAAAAUUGGCAAUAUAUCUACCAAACAGAUGCUUCAUAAACGCCUUAAAGAGCUGUUUUUUGGUAAGCGCAUCCUUAUUGUUUUAGAUGAUCUAUGGGAGGAGAACCCAAAAGAGUUUGAUAAACUGAAGGUUAUGCUAGGGCUUGGCCUGGGAAGGAAGGUGGUUAUAGUAACUACACGUGAUGGAGGCCUCGCAAGGAAAAUUUGUAGUCCUGCAGUUACACCAUACAAGCUGGAGACUUUGACGGUUGAUAAGUGUUGGACUAUAAUAAAACAAAAGGCUGACUUUGAAGACCGAGUCGACCAAGAACAAUUGGAGCAUAUAGGAAGGGAGAUUGCGACCAAGUGUGGAGGUGUGGCCUUAGCAGCUCAAUCACUUGGACAUAUGUUGAACGGCAUGACGGCAGAUGAAUGGGAGUCGGUGAGAGACAGUUAUUUCUGGAGUCUAUCAACUUCGGAGGGCCACGAAGUGCUUGGAUCCUUACUGUUAAGCUAUAGCCACAUGUCUGUUUCGUUGAAGUUGUGCUUUUCCUAUUGUGCAAUCUUUCCAAAAGGUCACAUAAUGAUGAAGUAUGAUCUAAUUUACCAAUGA